UUGCUUCGCUUUUUCUGUUAUCUGUUUCUUUUCUUCAUUAGCGAACGUAGUCGUUUGUGAACGAACGCGAAAUACGUUUUCUGCGACAAAAGAGCAAAAAUAUGGACUUUUCUAUUCGACUGCGCUGUUUUUAGUUUGUGAAAAUUGUUUAAAAAAGUUUUCUUUUACGAAAUUUUUACCACGCUCCAUUAAUCCAGGCUGCACAAAAACUUAUUAAACCUUCAUUGUGCCAUCAAUUUGUAUAUCUCCCGAGAAACCUACUUACAUAAUUAAAAUUAGAAUAAAAAGAAACUGGAAAAAAUCUGAAAAAGGAUUUUGAUUUAGUCGAAAACGAAAAGUAAAUCUAAAGAUAAAUAAGAUUGAGUAACAAACAAAAAUACAGAAAAAUAAUGUAGAGUUCCAAAUCCGAUCCAAAAUAAAAAUUUGUUCUUUUGUUGGAAACGAAGACGUUUUCUUUGUUAUAAAUUUAAUUUUUCGUAUUUUCCCUCUGUGCUUUCUCUGGUAGCCUCCCUACUUAUUGCAAUUCGCAUUUUUUUUGUUCGUUUCGUUUCUUUUUGUUGGUCUAUAUUUUUCUUUUUGUUUUGGUUUUUUUUUUAUUGUGUCCAUGUCCAUUAUUUGAUGAUCCAGAUCCACCCUCACCUCGCGAAUUGCUUGGAGUUUUUCACCAUCGCCAUUAAACGAGUUCGAUUCGCAAUUCGCAUUUUAUUUAGUGUUGCGCUACAUCCAUCUUUAAUUUUUAUAAAACCCCAACAACAAAUAUAAAGUGAACAAAAGAAUUAAUUCAGUGGAAUAAAAAUAAAAGGAAAAUAAAACAGUGAUAUCGUUUGAAAAGCAAUUACUAGAGAAAUCAAAAAAAAAAAGAAAAAGAAAAUGCCCUGCGAUAUUGGGAAAUCAUCGGAUAUCGAGAAUGUGGAUUGGAGUACCGGCACGGGAUCAGGUCCUCACUACACCAAUGUUGUCAGAUUCGGUUCCAGUAGUAGUCAAGCUUCACAAAGCAGUGGGGACAUAUGUCGAAUAUGCCACUGCGAAAGCGAUCCACAAAAUCCACUUCUUACACCAUGCUACUGUUCGGGUAGCCUUAAAUACGUCCAUCAAACCUGCCUUCAGCAAUGGCUGACCGCUUCCGAAACAAACUCCUGCGAACUAUGCAAAUUCCCGUUCAUAAUGCACACAAAAAUAAAGCCAUUCAAUGAAUGGCGAAGCUUAGAUAUUUCUGGUGUUGAACGAAGAAGACUUUGCUGUUCUGUGCUUUUCCAUUGUGCUGCAGCCUUGUGUGUUAUAUGGUCGCUUUGUGUGCUCAUUGAAAGAGCUGCUGAGGAUGUCAAACGAGGAAUUAUCGAUUGGCCAUUCUGGACGAAGUUGGCUGUAGUGACUGUUGGUCUUACAGGAGGAGUUGUAUUCAUGUACAUACAAUGCAAAGCAUAUUUACAUCUUUGUCAUAGAUGGAGAGCUAGAAAUCGAAUUCUUCUUAUACAAAAUGCUCCAGAGAAAGUUCAUCCGCUUUCGCCGCCAUCACCUAUAUUACAUAGCCGCAACAUACCCCAUAAUAGUAAUGCGUUAGUUUCGCAUGCGAAUACAACGAACAACUACAAUUACAACUCUUUUAAUUAUCCAUCAGCAUCAGCUGCAGCGGCUGCUGCUGCAACAGGUGCAAGGGCACUUGAGGAUCAACAAGACGUAGUCGACAUUCAGCCAACAUCGGUGAGCAAUAUAGCCAACCAGUCGGUUACCAACGGAACCGGUCAGUAUCCACAGACUGGUCAGCAUGGCCAAAUUGUUGCUAACAUAGAGAGCAAUUCACAUAAUUACGAUCGUGACUGGACAUUAGAUGAUGUCAGUCAGAUAUCAUCAUUUCGUCCGUGCCCACAGGGUUCGGGAAGCAUGACACCUUUUCAUGACUCCAUUCACAAUGUUCUUGAACACUCGCACAGUGGCAGUAACUCUGUGAAUGGAUCUCGCCAAGAUCUGAGCCCAUCAAUGGCAUCAGGAGCCGGAGCCGUGGCACAUCCAUUACAACCGCACAAUACUGCUAGCGUGAGUAGCAACAGUGAGACAACAAGUCGAACCACCAAUUCAUAUGUAUUCAAGCCGACCGCCACCACUUCGUCCGGUUCGAUCUUUACACCAACCAAUCCGCACUAUCAUCACCAUCAUCGGUAUUCUAAUUCCUCGGUGUUCCUUGAGAAUCGAGAUAUUCUCAAUGACUCUGGCUUCCCAAAGAUUAACUAUAGGCAUUCGAGUGUACUUACAUCGCCCGACAUCAGCGAUAACUUAGACAAAUUCCUUGGAAAAGAUCUGAGACGUUAUUCGGAUACAAAGCUUCUUACUAGCGACACCCACAUUGUGAAUUCCAAAUUUGAAAAUACGACAGCUGAAAAUGAUAAUAGCAAAACAGCUCCGAUUACUAUUGAUGCACUGCAAUCCACUAAUAUCUUCGAAAGUGCCAUCCAAAGGGAACAAAGACGUGCUUUGUUCCGACCUGUUGGUGGUGGUGAUGCUACAAAUCCCAGAAGCAAGCUUCGGUUAUCACUAGACACCAUCGAAGAUGGCUGCGGUCCGAUAAGUGUUAGCACGACAACAACAACGACGGCUGGCGGUGGCGGUGGUACAACCAGCGCAAGUGAUUGUGCCAAGAGCGAAGAACAGUUAAUUGAUAGAAAUCGCUUGUUCUUCAAGUCAUUGCCAAACCUGAGCAGCAGUUGUGAAAGCCUUAUUAAAAAGUAAAAUAAGUUAAGAAAUAUCUAAGUUUAGAAGAAAACAAAAAAAUGCGCAGUCAUGUCCAUUUAUUUUGCGUGGAAGUUAUAUAAAUUAUGUCCUGAUUUUUGGUAGGAUGACUGAAAAUAAACUUUCUCUUUGAGGUAACGAAAACAUUAAACGUCUAUGCAAAAGAUGCAUGCAUGUUGUUCAAACUGUUGUGUCGGCCAAAAAAAAACAAAAAGAACUGUGGUUGUGCUACUAAAGUGGUUACUAACAGAUAUAAUUUUUGUUUUACGAUCUAUUUUCAAAAAAAAAAUUGUUUUUAUUAUUAUUAUUGCUUUUAAAUUAAAACGUUAAAUUAUCCGAAAAAAAAUGGUAUGUUUAGGGAUUCAAUGUCGCUGUGUUUUUAAAGAUAGCGUUUUUGUUCAAGAGGUGUUCGGCAUCUCAGUCGAGCUUGUUUUUUUUGGGGAAAAAUUGUAGAAUUUCGGAUACUGUUUUUGAAGUCUUCUAAAUAAAUCUUCAUAAUCAUUAAGUACUGUUAUAACAUUGAAGUCGCUGGUUUUAACCGGUGAUCAAAUCACUGUGAUGCAUGUUUGUGAGAAAUUGAUGCACCCCAUUUAAACAAGAGUCAUCGAAAAAUAAGCUUCCUAUCGCUAUCAAGCUACUUACGCACCCAAAAAGAAGUCAAGUUAAGUGAACAGUAGUAUACAUCUAUAAAACAGGUUCCAGAAAGUUUUCAGACACUGAAAUUUGUUUAAUAAGCACCCAAUAUUUGAAAAGUUGUCAUUUGUAGAUAUUUUACAAAGGGCGGGUUCAGACAACAUUAGGGACUUCAUUUGCAGCCAACUUCAUUCCUUGAACGGACAUUUUGACAAACGGAACUAGUUAGUGUUUCAAGUGUCAUACAUUUCAAACUCAGACCUUCACUAACCUCUACCAUCAGUUCAUCGUACAAAAACUAUCAAAACAUUAUUGUCUUCAAAACACUCCUCAGGCAAACUACAAGUCCAUAACGAUUUUUAUUUUAUAUUGCAAGGAAAUGUUACUUAUUUUUGUCUAAUUUGACAAAGAACCCUUUAACAGAAAAAAUUAAAUGGAGUUGUGCAAAAAAUAAACAAAUCGUAGAGUAAUAAAGUUCAGCUCUCAAUUGAACGAAAAAACAUGAUCAACUGUCAUUUUGACAUAAAUAGAUUUGACUUGAUAGUUAGAGAGAUUUUUCUUGACUAACUUUCCAGUCAACUUCCCAUUAAAGUUGCUUUAAUUGAAAAGUAAUUUUUUGGCAUCUGACCAAUCAGAUAAUAGAAAAUUGUCUAACUUUUAAGCCCCUUAUGUCGGCUGAACCUACCCAAAUUUAAAGUUACAGACCAAUGCUUCACAACCAAAUAUAGACCAAAUCAAAUCAAGAUGGGAAUUCUUGAAGUUAUCAACCAUAACCAGGGCAGUCAAUUGGCUAAUAACGUUUAACUUUUAAUGGAAUAGCUAACAAUAAAAAACGUGCAUUGGUUUCUCUGAAAAGAAAUUGGGCAGGUUUAGUUUAAGGGACUCCAUUGGGAAACGAGCUAAUUUUUCAAGUGCCGUGAAUUUCAAAUUUCAGAACUUCACUUUGCAAAGCGCUACUUUAAGUUCGUAGUACAAAAAGUACCAACUCCUCAGGCAAGCUGUAAGUCUAUCACGAUUUGUAUUUUGAAUUGUAAAGAAAUAUUAGUUAUUACUUUUCCAAAUUGACAAGGAACCUUUUACAGAAAACAUUAAAUGGAGUUGUAUAGAAAAGAAAUAAAUCAUAGACUAAUAAAGUUCAGACUUCAGUUGAAAAAUGAAAAAACAUGAUCAGCUGUUAUUUUGAUAGAAGUAGACUUGACUUAAUAGUUAGGAACAUUUUCGUUGACUAACUUUCCAGUUUGGCAGCUGGCCAAUCAAAUGCUAGAAACUUGCCUAACUUUCAAGUCCCUUAUGUCGUUUGAACCUGCCCUUUCUAUUGGAAAACCUUACACAAAUUAAGAAAAAUCCUCUUAUUUGUCUGAUAUUAAUAAUGAUUAUAAAAUAUAAUUUAUUAUUAUUUGUGUUUUAGUAUAUUUACGGUAUAUAUAUACAUAACAAUUUGUUAAAUGGUUUAAUAAUAUAAUUAAUUUAGUUCAAAACCAUUCAAUUUUAUUAUUUCACCUUUAAACAGACAAAUAACCAGACAGUGCAUAAGCAUGUAUUAAGGCUUUGUGCAUUCAACAACUCUUAGGUAUUUUUAAACGGGUUUAAUUAAAAGUGCCUCUAAUCAACGUUACAUAACAUUUUUAAUGUUUAGCAUUUAAAGGUAUUAAAGUAAAAACCAACUUUUAUAAAUACGACUGUUAACGUUUAUGGUAAUUAUACUUGUAUGUCUUUUUUUUUUAAUUAUAUUCACAAAUAUUGGCUGUUUAUCUAAUUAUUUAUCGGUGUCUGAAAACUGUGCUAAAACAAUAUUUAUAAUUAGAACUGCUAACUUUAAUGUUUUAUGUACAAAAUUACGUUCUACAACUUUCUUCGUAGUAGCCUUCUUUUAACAGUUGUUUUACUAUACAAAAUAUGAUCUUCCACUUUUUAAAGACGUCUCAUAAAUAAAUGAGGUAUCGAUUUUAAACUAAGAACAUUUCGCUUUCACUGUAAAGUAAGUUGCAUUGGUCAUUAUUUAAACAAACACAAUUAAUUUGUUUUUAUAUUUAAUUUAAUAUAUUAUCAAUGUGUAAGAUAAAUAUGUGCUUUUUAAAUACAAUUAACGACUAAAGUAAUGAAGUAGAGUGGUGUUGAAAACAAACUGCAAAAAAGAACUUGUCUAGACUAGGAUAGGACGGGAGCGCAUGCUUCUAAAAAGUAAAACUUUCUAUGCUAAUAGUGGAGUGUUUGGUUGAUAUCUUUAAUGUUUAUGUUAAGGAAUGCUAAACAUUUGAUCUUAUAUUGCUUUUUUGGAAUCGUGAAAUAUGUGAAUUUGGCACAGUAAUGAGAUUAUCUACUGUUACCUUGCUCAUAGUAGUUUUCAUUUUCCUGGAAAGGCUAAUCAUUUGAUUUGACUGUUGAAAAUUUAUAAUUCAAGUUUUUCACUGAGUGCGGUACUUCGAAAGGUGAAUACAUACAUUGUCUACUACUACAGUAUUCUAAAAAGAACAUUUUACAUUUUUGACUGUAUUUUGCAAGAUGAAUUUUUGACACGUAACUUAAUGAUCAGUUUGUAAAAUUUCUCUCUGCUGAACUCAAAGGGAGCUACAAGGUACGAAACACCAUAGCGAACGCAUACCGUUUCGAAUAUUUUUUUAAGCCCUAGAAAAUGUUAUUGCUAUUUACAAAUUUGAUUUAAAAAAAAAAUUAUAAGACUGUAGAAGACUCCAUUUAAUUAAAAAACAAAAACUUACAUUCAUAAAAGUUCAACAACUACUUUAUAGAAACAUGUAAUUGUUGCAUUUUCAAAUUUUAUCUACCCGAAAACAAUAAAUUAUUUGGAACAUAAUAAAAUUUUCGUUGAAUUACAAUUUACUAGUUUAGAUAUUUUUUUUAUAAACCUAUUGUAUUCUUAUUUAGUAUUAUAUAUAUAUAUGAUUAUUACUGACUACUGACAAUUCUAUAAGUUCGAGUAUACUCUUUUUCAUUUAUCUAUAAUAUAUUUUUAUCUUUUAAUGCAUUUUUUUAAAUUUAAGUUCAAAAUUAAUAGCGGCUUUGUAUCAUAAUCAAUGUUUGUAUAUAAAUAAAGUGAUAAAUAAAAUAAUGAAUAAAAAGAAACUAGAAGGAUUAGUUGAACGAGAGAGAAUAAAUUGAGAGUAAGAUUUGAAGAAAAAAAAAGAGUUAAAUAUAGUGAAACAUAUUUUAGUAUUGACAUUUUUAAUAAAAAUAAUAAAUAAAGAACGAACAAGAAAACAAAUACAUCAUAAAGAAACAAAUAUGAGUGAAGUAUGUUUAAUUAAUAUUACUUUUUUUUAUUUUUGUUCUUAAAUAUUACAUCAAAGUGAGAAAGUAAAAAACAAAAUCACAAUAAACUAAAGAUAAAAAAAGAAAUAUUUAAAUAAAUAUCAAAGAUACUCUAUACAAGGAGUUUCUUUGUAAAUAUAUUCAUCAAUGUUCUUUGGAUUAUAAUUUGUUUGUAAUAAUUGUUUAUCUGUGAUUAUUAUUAUUACUGUUUUGGUUUACUUAUACACAUUUCUUUGCGAACAAUAGUAAAAACAAAAAAAAAAAACAGAACAAAAACAGGUUAAAAGUCUAAUUAUUAUAAAACAUUAAUUACGUAGAAAUAACAAUUUCAACAAUAUUAUUAUGUAUUUAUGUGAACAACAAAAACAAAAAUGAAAACAAUAAAAAUGAUAACUUAAUUCCACUAAAUCUUUACUUAUAUCUUGUUAACUUAAAAAGUAUUGCUAAAUAAAAUUAAAACAAAUAUAUAUUGAUGAUAAAAAAUCAAAAUUAACGAUCAAUUCAUUUGAAGCUGUAUUGGUAAUUUGAAAUGAAGAGAAACAACUUGCAAUGAAUAAUAAAAGAAAUAUAUUAAAAAAAUAAAA